AUGACAAUAGUUAAAUGUAUUACUUCAUUAAAUUGUGACGUUAAAUCAAAUAUUAAAGGUCAUGUUGGUAGUGGAAGUGGUGCAAUUCAAAUGGGAAACAAUCAAAAUUCAUUUGUUAUUAUGAGUUUACUUGGUGGCGCAGUUGGUUUAGUCACAGGUCUUUUAACUGGACUUGGAAUUGGCGCUGCAUCUGGUUUAAAAUCUGGAUUGCAAUAUGCUGUUACAAGUUUAAUCGAAAAUCCUGCUUCAGUUCUUAACCCAUAA